AUGUACCUUUUGAACAGCCUUCACUUCUAUACAACAGUCUUAACCCUUGUCCAACUUUGUGUCCAUCUCAUCUAUGAUGGGAUUUUCUCAAUGGCUUUAUGGACAGCUUGGGCGCUGAUCAUUCUUUCACACCAUCAAUCUCGGCUUGAUGAAUAUGAAAAGUAUAGAAAUUCGGGUGAUCAACCAAAAUCCAAGAGUCUUAUCAAUCAAUUUUCUCUCUCGACUUUGUGCUUGAUGAGGAUGAUAUUGUUAUCAUUGCAAACGCCGUAUGAAGCAAAUGGAUCGUGCAUGUUCAUCGGCUACGUUGUCUUAUUGUGUACUUUCACACAAGAAUGUGCUGCGAGGACGACAAUCCGAAAAAAGUCGAUCUCUACCUCAAAUACUCCGACGACAGCCACGAUCUGCAGCAGCCGGAUAAAUGAAAACUUUCGU